GGAGGGCAGGGCCUGCGCCUCCCUACGGAGCCUUUGUUUCUGGCGUCCGCCCCCACCCGAGCUCGCGUCUCCGUUUUUCCGAGAGGCCCAAGGUGUCUCCGCCGCAGCCUCUGUCGCGCCGUGACCUGUACAGGUCGCGGGAGUCAUAGGGAGGACGCCGGGACACCUGGAAGCCGAGAAAUGACUAGUGAAGUGAGAAAACUUAUCCCAAGGACAGGAAAACCCAUCCCAUUGAGGUGAUGCAAGAACCUGAAAAGCAAAAUGUACUUCAAGCAGGAUUCAGUGGCCUUUGAGGAUGUGGCUGUGAACUUCACCCUGGAAGAGUGGGCUUUGCUGGAUCCUUCCCAGAAGAAUCUCUACAGGGAUGUGAUGCGGGAAACCUUCAGGAACCUGGCUUCUAUAGGAAAACAAUGGGAAGACCAGAACAUUGAAGACCCAUUCAAAAUUCCCAGGAGAAAUAUAAGUCAUAUUCCAGAGAGACUCUGUGAAAGUAAAGAAGGUAGUCAAGGUGAAGAAACCUUCAGCCAGAUUCCAGAUGGUUUUCUGAACAAGAAAACUCCUGGAGUAAAACCAUGUGAAAGCAGUGUGCAUGGAGAAGUUGGCAUGGGUCCUUCAUCCCUUAAUAGGCACAUCAGAGAUCACACUGGACGUGAACCAAAUGAAUAUGAGGAAUAUGGAAAGAAGUCAUAUACACGUAACCAGUGUGGACGAGCCUUGAGUUAUCAUCGCUCUUUUCCAGUACGUGAAAGGACUCAUCCCGGAGGAAAGCCCUAUGAUUGUAAGGAAUGUGGAGAAACCUUUAUUUCUCUUGUAAGUAUUCGAAGACACAUGUUAACGCAUAGGGGAGGUGUACCUUACAAAUGUAAGGUGUGUGGGAAAGCCUUUGAUUAUCCCAGUUUAUUUCGUAUACAUGAAAGAAGUCACACUGGAGAGAAACCUUAUGAAUGCAAGCAAUGUGGGAAAGCCUUCAGUUGUUCCAGUUACAUUAGAAUACAUGAAAGGACUCACACUGGAGAUAAACCUUAUGAAUGCAAGCAGUGUGGGAAAGCUUUCAGUUGUUCCAAGUACAUUCGAAUCCAUGAACGAACUCACACAGGAGAGAAACCCUAUGAAUGUAAACAGUGCGGUAAAGCCUUUAGGUGCGCCAGUUCUGUUCGAAGUCACGAAAGGACUCACACCGGAGAGAAACUUUUUGAAUGUAAGGAAUGCGGGAAGGCUUUGACUUGUCUUGCAAGUGUUCGAAGACACAUGAUAAAGCACACUGGCAACGGACCUUAUAAAUGUAAGGUGUGUGGGAAAGCCUUUGAUUUCCCCAGUUCAUUUCGAAUCCAUGAAAGGACCCACACUGGAGAGAAACCCUAUGAUUGUAAGCAAUGUGGGAAAGCCUUCAGUUGUUCCAGUUCGUUUCGAAAACAUGAAAGAAUUCACACUGGAGAGAAACCCUAUAAAUGUACAAAAUGUGGGAAAGCCUUCAGUCGUUCCAGUUACUUCCGAAUCCAUGAAAGAACUCACACUGGAGAGAAACCCUAUGAAUGUAAGCAAUGUGGGAAAGCCUUCAGUCGAUCCACUUACUUUCGAGUACAUGAAAAAAUUCAUACUGGAGAGAAACCCUAUGAGAACCCUAGCCCUAACCCUUCAGUUGUUCCAGUUCUUUCAUGAGCAUGAAAGGAGUCACAUAGAGAAACCCCAUGAAAGUAAGAAAUUCGGGAAAGCCUUCAGUCCUUUCUAUUUCUUUCAACUACAUGAAAGGAUUCACAGUGGAGAAAGACCCUGUAAGAUAAUUGGCUUUAAAUUACGAGAGACUUGUGAUAGGACAGUAAAACCUAGAGUUGGAGUUAGAUCUCUGGAUUGUGUUACGUCAGUGCUGGUAGGUUAGGAACUAGAUUUCCCAGAAUCCAUUCCAUUUGUGAUUCCAUGAUACAAUUCACCAGUAACCGAUCUUACAUGAGAUUUGGAAGUAAGUUAAGAAGGCAUUAGUCAUGGUUUGGAAGCACCAUACAGGGAGACAGCCAUGUGAAUACAGGCUGUAUGGACACCUGCUUCCAUCCCAUUUUCCUGCUUCUUUGGGUUGCCAAUCAAGGGUAUCCUCAAAACGACUUAACUUUAAUUUUCUUGGAGGUGAUAUGUUUCCACACAGGUCUCCAGAAGCCCCACGUUGAAUAUCCAUCCACACUUUGGUUUUCCUUCAGACAUUAUUAUGUGUGUACUAGGCAACUAAUUCAGACUGUCCUGGUUGGGAAUAUUCUGUGAUGCUCUGACUCCCUUAGUCUGUAGACUGAAUUGGCAUAAGGUCUAAUUUGUGUAGUAAUCACCUUUGUUCAUACUAGUAGUGACUGUAUUCUUGAUUCAGCCUUAUAGCCACUAUGCUGCUGUCAAAACCAACCAGAGGGGAGCUUGUUCUUCUGCUGUACUGUGCAGUGACUGGCCUCAUCCAGGACUUUGAUGUGAGAAUAAGCACUUUCCUCUAUCAGGAAAUUUCAAGUGUUUCCUGUUACUCAUAGCUCAAUGUAAUGCCUCAGUUCAUUUUCAGUUGUUUGAUUAUACGUGACUAAUACGUAUUUUUUAUUCAAACAAGACUUCUGUACAUGUUUCUUCAAAGCAGUUUAUUAACUGUCUUCAGUCUUGGAUUACAUCAAGUUUAUAAUUUUGGCAAAUUGUUAAGACACUGUGAAGUCAGCGUUAACCAUGUGCAUACAACGUAAGGAAUUUUUUCCUCCUCGUGUAAAUUUUACUUUUCAUGCUUAGUUUCAACUUUUAUCUUCAAGUAAUUUCUCAUCUACUCAUAAUACCAAAAGUUAAGUCAUGCUGUUUUGUGCGCUCUCUUGCUAAAGACUGCAGAGACCAUACCUGUUGUCAAAGAGGGUAUAAUAAAUUGUAAUAAUAAUCAUGACCACAAACCAUAAAGGACUGUGUGAUGUAUCAGUAAGAGGGUGCUCAGAAGAAUUUCUUACAGGUUUUGUGCUUGUUAUAGGUUGGUUGAUUUUUUUUUUGAUAUAGAGUCUUGCUCUGUUGCCCAGGCUGGAGUGCAGUGGUGCGAUCUCAACUCACUGCAACCUCCACCUCCCAGGUUCAAGCAAUUCUCCUGCCUCAGCCUCCAGAGUAGCUGGGAUUUCAGGUGCGCACCACCACACCCGGCUAAUUUUUGUACUUUUAGUAGUGACGGGGUUUCACCAUGUUGGUCGGGCUGGUCUCGAACUCCUGACCUCGUGAUCCACCUGCCUCGGCCUCCCAAAGUGCUGGGAUUACAGGCAUGAGUCACCGUGCCUGGCCAGAUUGAUUGAUUUCUAUUCAGGGAAGCAAGAUGAUUCUCUGUAUUUGAUGCAGUGAUGAGGUAAACUUAAUUCUAAACUUGGUAAUCAUAAUUGUUCUUAUCCAGAAGGGAAAAGGAAUGGAGUGGAGGUAAACGUAAUUCAUGAGAAAUACCACUCAGUCAUAUUAGUGAGAAGAGGGGAAUUUUGGUCAUGUUUAUGAUUUGGAGCAUGCUGUCUUUCACCAGUUUUAAAGACAUGGUUACAGAAUGCCCUUUUUUUGUCUUGAUUCAUCAUAGCCACGUAGGAGCAUGGUCUCACAUUGCUGGUGUCUGACAUGUUUCUCUCCAACAGCGUAAGACUUGGCCUUGCAGUGAGGGGAGGCUGGCUCCUGGACUUGUGGACCAGUUUUUGCCUUACUUAUUCUCUGAACACUGAAGUAUUUCCUGUGAUGUACUGGACACUGUUUUCCAUUAUGUACCUCAGUUAAAAUAUGUAAAUUUACUUCUUAGCAAGCUGUAUAAUACUUUUAAAAAGCUCCUUUAUGAGUCUAAUGAGACUAAUAUAUCUAUGCAAAUUUUUGGAAUGCAAGCCUAGGAAGGAACAAAGUCAGCAUCAAUAUUCCAACCAAGCCUUUCUUGCUCCGAUAAUAUGCUUUUGUUUUUUUGUGUGUGUUUUUGUUUUUUUAGACAGAGUUUCACUCUUAUCACCCAGGCUGGAGUGCAGUGGCGCAAUCUUAACUCACUGCAACCUCUGCUUCCCGGGUUCAAGUGAUUCUCCUGCCUCAGCCUCCUGAGUAGCUGGGAUUACAGGUGCCCACCGUCACACCUGGCUAAUUUUUUUCAUAUUUUUAGUACAGACAGGGUUUCACCAUGUUGGCCAGGCUGAUCUCAAACUCCUGACUUCAGGUGAUCUGGCCGCAUCAGCCUCCUAAAGUGCUGGAAUGGAUUAUAGGUAUGAACCACUGUUCCUGGCAUAUAUGCUUUUGCUUCUAAUUUAUCAAUAGGCCUCUUAUGCCAGCACUACAGAGUAAAAACCAACAUGCAAAAGUCAGCUUUUUGUCUGUACACUUCCAUGGAACAAUCCAAUCACUUCAUUGAAGGUGUCCAGCAAGCUCUUGUUGAGAAAAUUCCUGUUGAAACUUCUCAGUGUCAAAAGCCCAGGUAUCACGGGAUAGAGUAAAUCAGCAACCAAACCAUGACUGUAUGUGGAGAUGGCAUAUUCAGCCCCAGAUAAUGUAUUCACAUGAGUGAAGGGUGGAGUCAUUGCCUGUCAGAUUCUACAGUCAUUUGGAUUAGAGAGGGCAAUACAGAGUUAGGUGCUACUGAAUCCAACCACUGACUCCUCCCUCGAAGGCAACACCCACAGUGAUAGUGUGGGCCACAGAGUAGAAACCCCACCAUGAACAUGACUCCAAAUGUGAUUUUCCCCAGGAUGCAGGUGCUGUGUUGGGAUGGCCAGUGAAGGUAGGGGACCUUGGAAGCACAGGGUGAGGGAGAUGAACAGGAUACAGCUGAGCCUGAUUAUUGGCCUUGACUGUGGGAGUAUCUUGAUGCUUCACAAACACCCCAGAGAGGACAUUAUAGCACAGGCUCAAAGAGUGUUCAUAAACCAGAAGGCCACCGCUUUUGGAAGGCAGUGAUGUGACUUUCUGUCUGAGUCCUGAUGCUGUAUUUAUAGCAUACACUGUUCUUCAUCUGAUUAGAAAAGCAAUGCUGGCCAGGCACAGUGGCUCACGCCUCUAAUCCCAGCACUUUGGGAGGCUGAGGCAGGCAGAUCACCUGAGGUCAGGAGUCCAAGACAAGCCUGACCUGCCUUGGACCUAUUGGACUGAACAAAGGGGAGCAAACGCAGGAAUAAAAGACGAGACAAAAGAGUAUAUUUGGAAGAAGGAUUGGGGGGCACCUUGCCUCUAGUGGACAAGGGCCCUGAGCUUUACACAGCCCUCCGUAUUUAUUAGGCAAAAGAAAUAGCAAGAAAAGCGGAGGUGAUUGUCGGGUAAUUGUCAGUUGGCCGUUUGGUUCACAGCAGGCUUGUGAGACUGCAUCCUUUGGACAAAACGCACUAAUUUUCUCAGUAGAUAACUUCAAGGUGCCCAGUGCCAGGGAGUGUUGUCCCUCAGCAAACCUUUUGGUGGCAGGGCAGUGAGUUUGCCCACAUCCUGCAUUCAUGAUAAACAGUUUGCUGUUUGAUCCCAUAUAGACUCCAGCGGAAUGCUGAGUUGGUCACGUCCCACGGGCCUUCAGCUCCCUGCAUAUCCCCCUUUUUGUUUAUGUAUUAAUUGAAAGAAUGUAAGGCCAGGCUGAGCAGCUCUCAUUAUCCGAUUGGCGGUCCAUCCAAUUUUACAGAAAACGUAGCAUUAGAACUGUGUCGUGACUCUGUUAGGCCUUCUCUCUAUCUUUGCACUCAGGCUCAGCUGGCUCAUGGCUCUUACUGGAGGGACCAGGCCCAUGGUUGGCCACCCUGGGUUCCUCCCAUCUCCUGUUCCAUGGUCGCACGCACCUUGAGGGCACCCACACGGUUUGUCCAUCUCCUGUAGAAACACAAGCAUACCCUCUUCCCCAAGUCAGUAAAUCCACUGGACUUUUCCAUUGCCCUUCUUCCAGGGAUUUCCAUAACACUUUCAGAUAAACUUUCCUCUUUUCGUCUAACACUUGCCAAUGUCUUUCUGCUGGAGUCUUACCAUCUGGACCAGGAGUCAAAAAUUUAAAGUAAAUAAGGCUAAAUGUAGUCUUGAUUGAGGUGGUAGUUGGCCUCCUAUACCCCCUUUUUGUUUUUUCAACAUGCGUUGUAAUGUUUGAUGUGCCCAUUCUAUAAUGCCUUGUCCUCUAGGAUUAUAAGGAAUUUAUUUCUAUUUUAUGGGUUAUAGCCCAAAGCUGUCAGAAAUCCUGGUGUCCUAGCCCUUUUCUAUAUGUUUUUUUUUUUUUUUUUACUAUAUGUUUUUUUACUAUAUGAAAAGCAUGGCCAGUAUAAGUGUUAGUUUUUAAUUGUUUAGGUAUUCCCAUAUGAGCAAAUGAUGACAGACGAUGUCACCAUACAUGACCAGCUGUCUCACCUGUUUGGCAUGUAGCAUGCAGCAUAUGAGAAUAAGUGAAAUAAAUUAAGUAGUUCUGGGUCUAGUGUACUUUUAACUGUAGCAGUUUCUAUGUGACUGGCUACAUUUACAACAUAAGCUGAAUCACAGACAAUGUUGAUAGGAUCUGAAGCUGUGAGCUGUAAAAACCUGAAUGACUGCAAUUAGCUCUGAGUGUUGAGCUGAAACCCCAGAGGUCAUUAUUGUUUUGGGACCUUUUUGGAAUAACAAAUACUGGAGAAUUCCAGGGGCUAACUGACUUUUCUUUUCUUUUUUUUUUUUUUUGAGACAGAGUCUCGCUCUGUUGCCCAGGCUGGAGUAAAGGUCUGCCUCCCGGGUUCACACCAUUCUCCUGCCUCAGCCUCCCGAGUAGCUGGGACUACAGGCACCCGCCACCACGCCCGGCUAUUUUUUUUGUAUUUUUAGUAGAGACGGGGUUUCACCGUGUUAGCCAGGAUGGUCUCGAUCUCCUGACCUCGUGAUCCGCCUGCCUCGGCCUCCCAAAGUGCUGGGAUUACAGGCGUGAGCCACCGUGCCCGGCCUGCUAACUGACUUUUCUAUAUGUCCUGCGUUCAAUUGCUCUUUUACCAACAGAUGAAGUUCAUCUAGCUUCUUUUGUGUUAGGGGCAUUGAUCCACCCACGCAGGUUUGUCACUGAGCCAUUCUAAUGGUAAGGCAGUGGGCAAAGGAGAAAUAUCAAAUAUCAAUGACCCCCAUCAGAAAUCCUGGUGUCCUAGCCCUUUUCUAUAUGUUUUUCCAGUUACUGAUAUCGGGUUAGGAUUUCAUUGUAGAAAUUUCCCUAAACCUUUUUCACUCAGAUAUCCUAUGUUCUUCAGCAUUUUAAAUCCUGGGUUAUCAAAGUUUUCAUUUGUAAGUCUCCUAUCCCAUGCUGUAAGUAAGUCUCGACCCCGUAAAUUGAUGGCUAUAUUUGCAACAUAAGGCUGCAAAGUCCAGAGCGAGCUUAAAGUUGUAAAAGUUCUUAAUAAAUAAACAGAGUAACCUGAUAGGCCGGGCGUGGUGGCUCACGCCUGUAAUCCCAGCACUUUGGGAGGCCGAGGCGAGCGGAUCACAAGGUCAGAAGAUUGAGACCAUCCUGGCUAACACAGUGAAACCCCGUCUCUACUAAAAAUACAAAAAAUUAGCCGGGUGAGGUGGCGGGCGCCUGUAGUCCCAGCUACUUAGGAGGCUGAGGCAGGAGAAUGGUGUGAACCCGGGAGGCGGAGCUUGCAGUAAGCGGAGAUCGCACCACUGCACUCCAGACUGAGUGACAGAGCGAGACUCCGUCUCAAAAAAAAUAAAAAAUAAAUAAACAGAGUGACCUUAGCUCUCUAAGUGCUAGUAAACUCAGAUCGAGUGAUUGAAUUAUGUGGUCUCUACUAGCCUGAGGCUUUUCCGUGUUUACCAGACCCAUCAGUAACAGUGUUAAAGCAUUAGGUAUGGGGGAGUGCAAUACCGCUUCGAAUUGCCUUUUACUUAAACGAAUCCUGAUGAUCAUCAGGGUCAUAACUUAGCAUUGGGACUGCAUUAAUCAUUAAGAUUGCUAGCUGAAAUAAGUAAUAAGUUUAAAAAAAUCUGAACGCAUCUCUGGAAGCAGAGACUUAAAUGAUAUACUUUGAUCAUGUGCUUAAAGCCACGGGUGGAAUAGCUUAAAUCUUGUCAUUGAGUUUUCCGGCUGACCAAGUUUAUGGACUUUAAUCUGGCAGUCUUGAAAACAGCGACUCACUGGCUGGGGAACUCAAUUUAGGACUCUUUUAGCAAGUACAAAUCACACUAUCUGUAAUCAGUGGGUAAGACCGUCAUUCAUGCAUAAGUUUUCACUACAGUUAACUUUUCUUCACUUUCUGAGAAGGACACAACAUUUUUACCUUCUAAUUUAACAAAUAUCAUUUAAUUAGGUUUAAAGUUCUCCUUUAAAGGAUAAUGUGUGGUUUUACAUGCCUAGCUUUUAAUUACUCAUUAACUAAUUCGUGGGCCCUCUGUAAUCUCUUUGCCUUCAGAGGUUACUGUUUUACUUAAAUUGAAUUUGGAAAGCUACGUCAGGGGUACGAGAGAGAUAACAGUGGCCAUUAUUAGAAAAGAGGUUUUUCAAAUUCUUACGUUUUACUUAAAUCUUAGCAGAGAAUCAUAGUCUGGGACGUACGUAACACAUGAAAUUUUGCUAUGGGCUGCCCACAGAGCCAGAGGGCUGCGGUGCAGGUCCUGGGCGGCGGCCGCAUUGUACUUCCUCAGGUUUUGCCUGUGUCUGCGCGGCUCCCUCCCUCCUUUGCCGGGGGUGGGUCAUGCUGCCCGCCUGGGCGGACCUUGUCGGCUUGGUCGCCGCGAGCUUUUCUGCUGCUGAGCCUUUUCUUCUGCCCACCGCUUCCUUGGUCGCGCGGUUUCGGCUUCUAAUGCCUUUUUUCUUUUUUUUUUUUUGAGACGGAGUAUUUGCUCUUGUUGCCCAGGCUGGAGUGCAAUGGCGCGAUCUCAGCUCACCGCAACCUCCGCCUUCCAGGUUCAAGCGAUUCUCCUGCCUCAGCCUCCCCAGUAGCUGGGAUUGCAGGCACGGGCCACCACGCCCGGCUAAUUUUGUAUUUUUAGUAGAGACAGGGUUUCUCCAUGUUGCUCAGGCUGGUUUCGAACUCCCGACCUCAGGUCAUCUGCCCGCCUUGGCCUCCCAAAGUGCUGGGAUUACAGGCAUGAGCCAUUGCGCCCGGCCUUUCUUAUCUUUUUAUAGACAUACACGUGCUUGCCUUGCCGAUUUUGCAUUACUGAGCAGGUUAAGAGCUCUCCUUCUAAUGCUGCCUGCUUAAGACAGGGAUUGAUAGCUGUAGCGUAUCAUCUGUCCUUUUUCCUAUCUAUUGGAGGAGGAGGCUUAGGUAAGACCUCUGUUUCCUCCUUGUUAUUUUGGCCCAGUGAUAUUGGGGCUGAGGGAAGAGAAGGUGAUAAGGCAGGUGACGUUUUUUCCUCCUUCCUCUUUUUAGGUUCUUCUGUGUGUAACUGAGCCAGGACUGCUCUAAUUAAAGCCCAUAACGUUAAAGAUUUUACUGGGACCUGACGCCUUUGCACCUGAUGUUGUUUAAGAUUUCUCCCCACUCGUUCCCAGAGUUCUAAGCCUAGCGUUCCUUCUUCCGGGAACCAUGGGCUUUGUACUCCAUUAUUGACCAUACUAGUUUUUAAUUCCUUCAACAACUUAAAUUCUAGUGGGGUGUGUUCAUGAAUAAACUGCUGUGGAUUAUUUGAAUCGGGCCUUACGGAAAUAGGAAAAGCGCAAGAUCCUAAAGGGCUCUCCAGCUAUGGCAGCACAGUGUAAAAUUAUUGGGGUCUCUAUUUCUGCUACUGAAGGAAGCGGUACAGAUGUUUCAGCAAUUGGAGGAGGCGAUAUAGGCCAAUUUUUAUCCUCCCUCACCUGUUUUUUAUUUUCAGUUGGCGCUGUGGGUGGGACAACAGAUUCUUUCAGAUUUUUAGACUCAGCCUGCUGUCCCGCAGAAUAAUAAGGAGAUAAUGGCAGAGGUACAGUAUGAACUAAACUCCAAGUGGAGAAAACUGAAGAAUCAACUUUAAAACCUUUUUGAUGAGCCUGUUUUAAUCCUUCUUCUGCUCUGUCCCAAUUUUCCACAUAAAGAGUGUCUGUCUGUGGAAACCAUGGGUGAUGCGUUAAUAACCGUUUGUGGCUUCUGCAGGAGGUUAGUUAGUGCCUGCGAAUUAACCUGAGCUCCAGACUGUCUCAACAGAACUUUAAGCAAGUGCACAUAAGGUUUUUCUUCAGUAGACAAAUUUUUCCCCUUGUUACCCUGAUUCAGAAAACUUCCCCUUCCCAGUACUUCUUUAAAGCACUGCCCCCAGUACGUCUUUAGGGCACUGUUAUAUACGCAGGCUCGUCCUGGAGUCCCCGUGCAUCUUGUCAAUUUCAGUUCCUCUGCUCCAGCAGACCUUCUUCGUUCACGUCCUCGUAGUCCCGUGUUCGGACUGUCGCCUGUUCGAGUGCCACUUAUAGAGCUCCCGAUCCUGUCGCUGUUUGGGGUGCCAUUAUGUAACUCGCACGGACCUAGGGAGACUGAACAAAGGGGGUCGAACGUGGGAAUAAAAGACAAGAGACGAAAGAGUAUAUUUGGAAGAAGGGGUGGGGGCGGCACCUUGCCUCUAGUGGACAAGGGCCCCGAGCUUUACACAGCCCUCUGUAUUUAUUAGGCAAAAGAGAUAGCGAGAAAAGCGGGAGUGAUUGUCGGGUAAUUGUCAGUUGGCCGUUUGGUUCUGUUUGGUUCACAGCACGCUUGUGAGACUGCAUCCUUUGGACAAUAGGCACUAAUUUUCUCAGCAGAUAACUUCAAGGAGGCCAGUGCCAGGGAGUGAUGUCCCUCAGCAAACCUUUUGGUGGCAGGGCAGUGUGAGUUUUCCCACAACGUGCAUUCAUGAUAAACAGUUUGCUGUUUGAUUAUAUAGGCUCCUCCGGAAUGCUGAGUUUGUCCUGUCCCAGGGGUCUUUGGCUCCGUGCGCUGACCAUCAUGGAGAAACCCCGCCUCUACUAAAAAUACAAAAUUAGCCAGGUGUGGUGGCGUACGCCUGUAAUCCCCACUACUUGGGAGGCUGUGGCAGGAGAAUCGCUUGGACUCUGGAGGUGGAGGUUGCGGUGAGCUGUGAUCACGCCAUUGCACUCCAGCCUAGGCAAAAAAAGGGAAAUUAUGUCUCAAAAAAAAAAAAAAAAGAAAAAAGAAAA